AUGAAAAAAGCCUGCAAUGAUUUUGGCAGUAAAUUAAUGAUGGGCGCUCACAUCCUGGAGUCCAACUCCAGCGGCAACUUGACGCCUGCGGUGUCUGAGGCUGGGGCUGUCCUCCCGGGCUACCUGGUGGUGAUCUUAUCGGUGCUUAUGGUGACUCUGGUUGUCGUUGUUGUGGCAGGGAACGCGCUGGUCAUCAUAGCUUUUAUUGUGGACAAAACCCUGAGAAAUCAAAGCAACUACUUCUUUUUGAACCUUGCUAUAUCCGAUUUUCUAGUGGGUGCCUUUUGCAUCCCGGUGUACAUCCCCUACAACCUGACCGGGAGGUGGAUGCUGGGUAAAGGUCUCUGCAAAGUGUGGCUGGUCAUGGACUACCUCCUUUGCUCAGCCUCUGUCUUCAACAUUGUCCUCAUUAGUUAUGACCGCUUCCUGUCAGUCACAAGAGCAGUUAAAUACAGAGCUCAGAGGAACAUGACCCACCAGGCUGUGUUCAAGAUGGUGGCCGUGUGGGUGUUGGCCUUCCUCCUGUACGGCCCUGCCAUCAUCUUCUGGGAGAACAUCGUCGGCCAUAGCAUUGUCCCGGCCCACGAGUGCUACGCUGAGUUUUAUUUCACCUGGUACUUCCUGCUUAGCGCUUCUACCUUUGAGUUCUUCACCCCGUUUGUUUCGGUGGCCUUUUUCAACCUCAGCAUCUAUCUCAACAUCCAUCGCAGGAAUAAGAGUGGGGCCGCCUGCACUGAAGACAACGUCAGGCCUCAGAGGAACAAUGAGAAGCAUAAAGAUGGAGCAGGUUGGUCCGUGUUUUUUGUCAAAACUCGGAAGGUGAUGUCCAGCGAGCCCGUUGCGAUCUCUGCAGUCAUAGAAGAUGACGACAUCUUGUCUCCCUCUUCGUGUGGGGAACCUAACACCAGUCAGAUAUUAAUGCAGCGGGAGAAGUUCUCUCCAAACAGAAAAAACUCCAGGCUGUUUCAGCACACGGCCUCCUGCAUGGUGCCUGGCCGUAGGACACCAGGAUCUCGGCUUUCCAGAGACAAAAAGAUUGCUAAAUCUUUAGGCAUCAUAGUCUGCAUUUUUGGGAUAUGCUGGGCUCCGUACACUCUACUAAUGAUUAUCCGCGCCGCCUGUAGCGGUAAAUGUGUGGCAAACUACUGGUACGAGAUUACAUUCUGGCUUCUGUGGCUGAAUUCUGCCAUCAACCCGUUCUUGUACCCUGUGUGCCACAGCAGCUUUCGAAGGGCUUUUUCAAAGAUACUGUGCCCUAAAAGACAAUCGGUGCAACCUCAGAUUGAGGCCCAGUCUUGUUAGAUGAACUCAAAUGAACUUCCAUAUUUUAACGAAUGGAGUAAAUGUUCCUGAAUACUGUAAAAACUUCAUUUAAUGUUCUUCUAUUAAAAAAAAAAAGGCCAGUUUUCAAAAAUAAGAUAAAUGU